AUGCAACAGAGACCUAAGCUAAACCUCCACCAGAAAAACCAUUCAUAUGGCCAGCUUUCAAAGUCGCACCAAAAAUUUUCAACUGUGAACAAAUCUUUUGGAUACUCCAAAGAUGACCAUUAUACUAAUGAGUCAAGCCUCCCAACUCUCUCAAAUAAUGAUGGAGAAAAUAUAACUUCUGAGUCCCUUGUUAAAAAAUCCACUACAUAUUUAGACGAAAAACCAAAAAUAAGCCGCACAAUUGUCCUUGAUUCUUUAAAUCAUCAAAAAAGCUUAAAGAAAAUAAAGACUUUUAAGAGAAGAGAUACCUCAAGUGAAAAUCCGAUAUUUUCAAGAAAACCUGAUAAAUCUAAUACAAUAUCACCUUACAAAAUCCGGCAAAAACAAAGCCAAAGCGAUGAAGAAAAUUGGCAUACGGAACUUUCUCAUCUGGAACUUGAAUUGUCAAAUGAACUGAAUAAUAUUUCAGUAAAUGAUGAUAAAUACUAUCAAGUUCAUAGAGCAAUGCUUGAGAAAAUCACUGAAAUUGACAAGCAUUAUAGCGGAAUUUUAAAGAAAAUUUUAGAAGGAUUUGAUAAUGUUAUUUCUCAAUAUAAGAGUAAAAUUGAGAAUGAAUUAAAACAAUACGAAGAAAAAUUAAAUAAAGAAAUCGCAGAAAAUAAAAGGCUACAAAAAAGAAUUGAAAAUCAGACAACUAAUAAUAAAAAUCUGUUAAGGGCUUUAUCUCUGAAAAACGAAGAGUUUUCUGCUUUUCGUGGGAAAAAUAGAAACUUAACAGCAGAUGAAAUCGAGAAAAUCAUGGACGAAAAUAAGACAAUAACUGCUUCGCUGAAUCUUGCCCAAAAUGAAAUUAGGUUUUUAAAGUUAAAAGAGUGCAGAUACCAAAAAAUUUUGCAAACAGCUGAACUUUCUGGCUACUUUAUAUCUGAUUCUCAAAAAGACCAAAUAAGCGACUUAAGUACUACUCUUUCUGAAGUAGACUUGCAGCAGUUUAUUUCUAAAUCAUCACGCAACUUUCUUCAAUUGCCCCAACCAAAUGAUAUUAAUGAGUCUAGUUCAUGUAGAAAUAAUUUGUCAUUUGAUGCAUCUCCAAUUAACCGAGCUGAUGCCUCUCCGACUAAUCAAGUUGAUACAUCGAAAUGUUCUGAUUCUUGGUCUAUAAGGUAUCUUUAA